UGAUAGUUUGUCAGGGUAUUCUUGUAAUCAGUCCCAUAUAUCUAAGAAGGCAUGGAAACAUUUUCCCCCUGUGGGCCAUUGAAGGAUCUUCUUGCAUCGUUGGGACAAUUAUCCUGAAGUAUUUGAUGUAUCUGAUGUUGGGAAUUACCGAUGAUGCUCAUAUAAGCAAUCUGCUAAAAUCCAAACUCACUGGUUACAGAGAUUUCCAUACGUCAAUGUACACCUGUGCUGUGGAGUUUGACUUCAUGGAAAAGGAGACUCCAGUAAGAUACAUGAAGACCUUGUUGCUUCCUGUUGUUCUGGCUGUUUUUGUGGCAAUUGUUGUGAAGGUCUUUCAGCAUAUUUUACAUUGCAAGAACGUCGCUGGAAGACAGAGAGAUCCUAACCAUGGAGAGAUGGCAUACCAUGCAAUACAGCUCAUCUUUUUUGCUAGUCUUGCUAUUUUAAUUAUGAGAUUGAAGUUGUUCCUAACACCACAUAUGUGCAUCAUGGCAUCCUUGAUAUGUUCAAAGCAACUGUUUGGAUGGGUCUUUCAUAAAAUUCCACAUAGAGCAUUCGCUCUGGCAAUUUUAGCAAUGAUGGCAGGGGAAGGUAUAACAAACCUUCAGAAAGAACAGAGCAUUGUGGGAGAAUUUCGCAACAUACCUCAGGAAGAAUUGUUGUUGUGGAUAAAAGAAAACACUAAACAAGAUGCUGUUUUUGCGGGAACAAUGCCUACAAUGGCAAGUGUCAAACUGUCUACUCUUAGACCUAUUGUGAAUCAUCCUCAUUAUGAAGAUGCAGGUUUACGGGCAAAGACGAAAAUAGUUUAUUCCAUGUAUAGUCGGAAACCAGCCAAAGAAGUUAAAACAAAACUGCUAAAGAUGGGAGUCAACUAUUACAUUUUAGAAGAAUCUUGGUGCCUAAGGAAACCUAAGCCUGGCUGCAGCAUGCCAGAAAUUUGGGAUAUAGAAGAUGUCGCCAAUGCUGGAAAAGUUCCCUUAUGCACCCUCAUGAGCCGGGAUUCCAGACCAUACUUUAGAACAGUAUUUGACAACUAUGUAUACAAAGUAUUAGAAGUUGCCAAGGAAUGAUUUUUCAGUGCAACGGAUUCUGUAGCUCUGGACUCCACACAUUUAGAUAAAAUUUACGUCUUGAGUUGUUACAGUACAGCACAAAUAUACUGUAUUUUUAUGGAUUUUAUGCAAAUUGUUGAUGUUUGUGGUUAAUAAAACCUUUGUUCAUA